AUGAGCAUCCAGACCCCACCCAGACUCCUGGAGCUGGCAGGGCAGAGCCUGCUGAGAGACCAGGCCUUAUCCAUCUCUGCCAUGGAAGAGCUGCCCAGGGUGCUGUAUCUCCCACUCUUCAUGGAGGCCUUCCGCAGGAGACACUUCCAGACUCUGACGGUGAUGGUGCAGGCCUGGCCCUUCACCUGCCUCCCUCUGGGAUCACUGAUGAAGAAGCUUCAUUUGGAGACCUUCAAAGCAUUGCUGGAAGGGCUUCAUAUGCUGCUUACACAGAAGGAUCGCCCCAGGAGGUGGAAACUUCAAGUGCUGGAUUUGCGGGAUGUUGACGAGAAUUUCUGGGCCAUAUGGCCUGGAGCCUGGGCCCUGUCCUGCUUCCCAGAGACCAUGAGUAAGAGGCAGACAGCAGAGGACUGUCCAAGGAUGGGAGAGCACCAGCCCUUAAAGGUGUUCAUAGACAUCUGCCUAAAGGAAAUACCCCAGGAUGAAUGCCUGAGAUACCUCUUUCAGUGGGUUUACCAAAGGAGAGGUUUAGUACACCUGUGCUGUAGUAAGCUGGUCAAUUAUCUAACGCCAAUUAAAUAUCUCAGAAAGUCAUUGAAAAUAAUAUACUUGAAUAGUAUUCAAGAGCUGGAAAUUGGCAACAUGUCCUGGCCACGUCUGAUAAGAAAGCUUUGUUGUUACCUGAAGGAGAUGAAGAAUCUUCGCAAACUCGUUUUCUCCAGGUGCCAUCAUUACACGUCAGAUAAUGAACUCGAAGGACGGUUAGUUGCCAAAUUCAGCUCUGUGUUCCUCAGGCUGGAACACCUCCAGUUGCUUAAAAUAAAAUUGAUCACCUUCUUCAAUGGGCACCUGGAACAGCUGAUCAGGUGCCUCCAGAACCCCUUGGAGAACUUGGAAUUAACUUAUGGCUACCUAUUGGAAGAAGACAUGAAGUGUCUCUCCCAGUACGCAAGCCUCGGUUACCUAAAGCAUCUGAAUCUCAGCUACGUGCUGCUGUUCCGCAUCAGUCUUGAACCCCUCGGAGCUCUGCUGGAGAAAAUUGCUGCCUCUCUCAAAACCCUCAUCUUGGAGGGCUGUCAGAUCCACUACUCCCAACUCAGUGCCAUCCUGCCUGGCCUGAGCCGCUGCUCCUAGCUCACCACCUUCUACUUUGGCAGAAAUUGUAUGUCUAUGGGCGCCCUGAAGGACCUGCUGCGCCACACCCGUGGGCUGAGCAAGUUAAGCCCGGAGACGUAUCCUGCCCCUGAGGAGAGUUUGAAUUCCUUGGUUCGUGUCAAUUGGGAGAUCUUCACCCCACUUCGGGCUGAGCUGAUGUGUACACUGAGGGAAGUCAGGCAGCCCAAGAGGAUCUUCAUUGGCCCCACCCCCUGCCCUUCCUGUGGCUCAUCACCGUCUGAGGAACUGGAGCUCCAUCUUUGCUGCUAGGGAAGGCGUGCCUAGCGGGGUAGAGAAAUCCAAAGUUCUCUUCCAGGCACUUGGACACUAAAAUCUACUAUGUAGGUGCAAGUUAUUUUUCUCUUUUCUUAUUUCCUUUUUUAAUAGUUCCAAAAUUUUUAUUAAAGACAAUUUGAGACAGGGUUUCGCUGUGUUGCUCCAGCUGGUCUCAAACUGCUGGGCUUAUGGGAUCCUCCUGCCUCAGCUUCCUAAAGUGCUGGGAUUACUGGCAUGAGUGUCUGUGUCCAGGCCACAUGGAACUUAAAGGAAGCACAGGCAAGUGCUCAGUGUGAGGGAAAAAACAUAACAGCAGGGGGCAAGGCUGGAGGAAAAUGUUGAGGUGACAUCAGUGAGAACUUCAGGGACCCGUGUCCUAGAGUCGGAAAGAGAAGCUAAAGUUCUACAGUGAUGAGAAUGUUAUCCCUGCAAGGGUGGUUACCAAGGAAUAUCAGCAAUAAAGAGCACCGGAAUGAAAACUUUUAACCUGUUGUGCAAUUUAUCCAUCAGAAAUCUCUAGUUAUCGAGUUACGGAUGGAAAAAUAACGAAAUACUAAUUUGUCUGUGAUUGAGUUUCGGUUGUAGAACAUCAAAGCAACCAAAUAAAAUUAGAUCAUUUUGAGUAUUUCCCACCCAUUCUUGUUCUUUGUUUUGUUUUGGAGACAAAAUCUCAGUUUGUCAUUUAGGCUGGAGUGCGAUGGUGCAAUCUGGGCUCACCGCAAUCCUGUCCUUCGGGGCUCAAGUGAUUCUCGUGCCUCAACCACUCAAAUGGCUGGGACUGCAGGCAUAUUCCACCAAGCCUGGGUGAUUUUUGUAUUUUUAAUAAAGAUGGGAUUUUUCCAUGUUGAUCAGCCUGGUCUCAAGAUCCUGUCUUCGAGUGAUCCACCAACCUUGGCCUCCCAAAGUGCUGGGAAAAGUGGUGUGCAGAUGAUCUCCACCCAUUCUUUACUUCUCUUCAGUCAUCAGUUUUUUUCUUCCUUUUUUUGCCUGCAGGGAGCAGCUCGGUCAGGUACAAAGGGACGGGCAGAGAGGGGCCCCAAGGAGAAGAUAGGAAUGGGGUGGUGCCCCGCUUGCACAAGAAGUGUGGAUGCCAGGCCCAGAAAACAGAGCUGGGGCCAUCCAUCAGGGGGCCAGGGUGAGAAGCACAAGUGGCACCUGCUUCAAGGUCCUGUCGAGCUAUCUGGCCACUGUGCCCAUCCUGUUAACAGUGUCAAGCUCCCGGGUCUUGAAGGGAGGUUCCAUGCGGAUCCACCCCAGGCUGUUUUUCCAAGAUCUGCCCCCUGUAGGGGAGACCAUGGAGUCUGAUUGCUGGGCCUGGGAACCACGAACCACUCCUGGAGGCCCCCCCCUUGGCAGGGUCAUGAGCCAGGCCUGUGCUCCAUGUCCCUGAGGCAGCCAGCUGUGCCACCCACACCCUCUCAUGGCAAAAUGGAACCUGGACCCAGGUCUGGAGUCUCCACCACAGCCUCUACCUCACUGCCCACUGCCUGCUGUUAGCCUGCAAGCUCCUGGAUGAGAGUACAGUUGGGGCUUGUUAAACCACACCCAGGAGCAUUGGGUUUGUUUGUGCGGGGUUGGCCAGAGCUGCUGUGAACCUGCAUCUCACCUGUCCUCUCUGUGGGGAAACACAGAGAGAGGGCACAGCCAAGGCUGCGUACACUUUGGAGCUGAUGGGAGCCUAGGACAAGAGGGAGUCCUGGUCCUCCCGAGUUGGCAGGGCAGUAGCUCCAAAGGUGCAACUGAAUCUGCCCAGGUCGCAGUUACCAACUGAGGUCCCCCAGUGCUCUUGAGGGCCCAGGAGAUCCCCCCUUCUCCUUCAGCUUCAGGGUGUCUGUUCCCACUGCCUGGUCUCUCAUGGCACCUGCUCUAAUUUUGGGGUGUGGUUGUGGUCGAGCCCAGAUGCUGUCACAGCCCAGGUGGGUCUGUGAACAUUUUGGUCAGUGCAGAUACAGCAUCCCAUGGCUGCCUUGAACCCGCUGGACUUUGGGCCCUGAUGAGUAUAGAAGGGGGGCUGAGGGGGGAUUGCGGACAGAUCAGCCCUGGUCUUUGGAUGCUCCUUGGUACGAGUGACUUGGGCAACAUGGUUGGUGGUGGGAGGGAGGCAGAAUCCUGGACAGGAAGGUGAGAGUCACUGGUGAGGCUUCACCUUCUGACCAAGGAGGGCCUGAAGCCCGUAAGCUAGGCCACCAGUCCUACGGACCAGAAUGGGAACAUAUGUUGCCUUUUCUGUGCCUGCUCAUGGCCACCUAUGACCCAAUGAGCACAUACUUUUCUCCAGUCUGAUGCUGAAAAAACCCCAGACUCAGGGAGAACAUUAGGAAGACCAGUGGCAGAGAGGAACUACCCACUACUGGGAUGAUUUUCCUGCAGAGACAAGCAACCCACUCUGGGUCUUUUUCUCUGCUGAGAGCUGUAGAGAUGAUGAGAUGACUUUCCUGCAGAGAGCAGCAACCCACUCCAGGGCCUCCUCUCUACUGAGAGCAGUGGUGAUGAUGGAAUAACCUGCCAGGAGAGAGGGGUCACCCACUCCAGCACCUCCUGUCUGCUCAGAGCUGAACACUCAUCAGGACACCCUGGCUGCAGAAAGAAGUUACCCACUGUGGGUCUCUGAGCUGUUCUAUUGCUCAGUAAAGCUCCUCUUUAUCUCACUCACCCUCCACUUGUCUGCAUAA